AUGGUCUCCCCCACAGGUCCCACCGGGCUCGCCCUGUUUCUGUUCUGCUGCUCCGGACUCUGGCUGGCCGUCCACACGGCUCCCGCCACGGAUUCCCUCUGCCAGACGAUCAUCAAAGAAUUAAAGGGCUUAUAUGAGGAAAUUUUGAAAGUCCAGGAGGACGAAGUGGGGCUCCCCGCAUCUCCCUACCAGCUGCCGUCUCUCACCCACUGCUGCCAGCCGCCCCGCGUCAACGGCUCCGCCAUCCUGCCCUACAUCCAGGCCAUUAAACCACAUGUCACAAACGCCACCGUCAUCGGGCAGGUCGAGGAGCAGCUGGUCAAAAUCAAAAACCAUUGUGAAGGAGGCCCCGACGCUCCGCUGCCUACGGUGCCUUCCAAGCCCUUCGAGCGCAAAUGGUUCAUCUCAGGCGUUUUACGAGAGCUUUCUGCAAACUUGAAGUCGUCGUAA